UUUUGAUCAACGGGGCGGCGGGCCUAAAUCUCUCGAAGGUUCCUCCUAAAUAUAUCCAGUCACGACUCACGCCUUCAACUCCACCAAAGAUCCCUUCAAAAAAAUACUCCACCAAAGAUAUUUUUCUCUCUCUCUCUACAACAACCCUCUCUCUUAAAAACUUCCAUUUGUCUCCUAUUCUUUGUUGCUUCUCUCUCUCUCUCUCUCUCUCUCUCUUUAUGGUUUGAACGGGUGGUCGUGUUCUUGUGCGCCAGAGAUAUUUGGUUUUGGCGGAUCCGGGUUUUGUUUGAUGGAUCGGGAAGGAGGGUCCAACGGCGGAUCUUUGUGCUACUACUCCGUCCUCGGGAUUCGCAAGGACUCCUCCUCCUCCGACGUGCGCACCGCCUAUCGCAAGCUCGCUAUGAAAUGGCAUCCGGACAGGUGGGCCCGGAACCCCGGGGUGGCGGGGGAGGCGAAGCGGCGGUUUCAGCAAAUCCAGGAGGCUUACUCGGUUCUCUCCGAUCAGUCCAAGCGGUCGAUUUACGAUGCCGGGCUCUACGAUGCUCUGGAGGACGAAGACGAAGAGUUCUGUGAUUUCAUGCAAGAGAUGGCCUCCAUGAUGAACAAUGUGAAAAACGAGGGAGACAGUUUUGAGGACCUACAGAGGAUGUUCGCGGAUAUGGUCGGUGGAGAGGGGAUGAGUAUGAUGAUGGGCUUUGACGUGAACGAGGAUCAAACGGCCUCGAAGAAGGCACGUGUCACGGCGUCGAAAGCUAACACGGCAAAGCGCGGCACCUCUCGCCGUUAGUGCGAUGUACCAGAUCAUGGGGAUCCUUACCUCCCUUCUUAGUUCUUCCCCCCCCCCCCCCCCCCUUUACUUUUUGUAAUUUGUUAAAGCUUUAGCUCCCUAACAGAUUUAGAGGUUGUUGGGGAAAUCAAUUGGCUGUUUAUUUGGGGGGUUUAGUUUAGAUGAUUUAUGGUCUUUAAUGGAAAGUUGGAAAAUUUGUGGGGUGCUUUCUCUAAAUAAUAACUCUCUUUCCCGUUUAUUUUAA